GUCCAAGAUGGCGGCGCCCUGUAGGCUGGAGGGACUGUGAGGUAAACAGCUGAGGGGGAGGAGACGGUGGUGACCAUGAAAGACACCAAGUUGACAGCACUGGAAACUGAAGUACCCAUUGUCCCCAGAACAGUCUGGUAGUGGCACCAAUGAAGAGGCCUCAGAGUCUUUAACACACGUCCUGGACCCGGCACAGCCCAUUAGUGUAAGAUAAUGGCCCAACAAGCAAAUAUCGGGGAUCUCCUCUCCAUGCUGGAUUCUCCCGUGCUGAGUGUGCGUGAUGACGUAACAGCUGUCUUUAAAGAGAACCUCACUUCUGACCGUGGUCCAGUGCUUGUAAACACCUUGGUGGAUUAUUACCUGGAAACCAGUUCUCAGCCGGUGUUGCACAUCCUGACUACCUUGCAGGAGCCGCAUGAUAAGCACCUCUUGGACAAAAUGAAUGAAUACGUGGGCAAAGCGGCCUCCCGGUUAUCCACCCUCUCGUUGCUGGGCCACGUCAUAAGACUGCAGCCAUCUUGGAAGCAUAAGCUCUCUCAAGCACCUCUUUUGCCUUCUUUACUAAAAUGUCUCAAGACGGACACCGAUGUCCUCGUCCUCACAACAGGCGUCUUAGUGUUGAUAACCAUGCUACCCAUGAUUCCACAGUCAGGGAAGCAGCACCUUCAUGAUUUCUUUGAUAUUUUUGGCCGUCUUUCGUCAUGGUGUCUGAAGAAACCAGGUAGAGAUCUCUGCCAUGUGACAGAAGUCUAUCUUGUCCAUCUCCAUGCCAGUGUUUAUGCUCUCUUUCAUCGCCUUUAUGGAAUGUACCCUUGCAACUUUGUCUCCUUUCUACGUUCUCACUACAGUAUGAAGGAAAACUUGGAGACUUUUGAAGAAGUGGUCAAGCCAAUGAUGGAGCAUGUGCGAAUUCAUCCGGAAUUAGUGACUGGAUCCAAGGACCAUGAACUGGACCCUCGAAGGUGGAGGAGAUUAGAAACACAUGAUGUUGUAAUAGAGUGUGCCAAAAUCUCUCUGGACCCUACAGAAGCCUCAUAUGAAGAUGGCUAUUCUGUGUCUCACCAAAUCUCAGCCCGCUUUCCUCAUCGGCCAGCUGACGUCACCGCCAGCCCUCAUGUUGACACGCAGAAUAGCUAUGGGAGUGCAACUUCUACCCCUCACUCCAUUUCUCGGCUGACAUUGUCAAAUACGCCAGGGCAGCUACCUCAGACUCUGAGUUCCCCACCGACACGGCUGUUAACUGAGCCGCCACAAGCUACUCUUUGGAGCCCAUCUAUGGUUUGUGGUAUGACCACUCCUCCAACUUCUCCUGGAAAUGUCCCACCUGAUCUGUCACACCCUUACAGUAAAGUCUUUGGUACAACUGGUGGAAAAGGAACUCCUCUGGGAACCCCAGCAACCUCCCCUCCUCCAGCCCUGCUCUGCCAUUCAGAUGAGUAUGUGCACAUUUCACUCCCGCAGGCCACCACUACACCUGCCAAGAAGGAAGAGAGAACAGAUUCUGCAAGACCUUGGCUACAUAGGCAACAUCACCUUCCGAAUGACAGAGGACCAGAAGAGCUACCUGGCAGCAAAGGUUCUGUCACUCUAAGUGAUCUUCCAGGGUUCUUAGGUGACCUGGCCUCUGAAGAAGAUAGUAUUGAAAAAGAUAAAGAAGAAGCGGCAAUAUCUAAAGAACUCUCUGAGAUCACGACGGCCGAUGCUGAGCUCCUGGUUCCUCGAGGAGGUUUUGACUCUCCCUUCUACCGGGACAGUCUCCCGGGCUGUCCGCGCAAGACCCAUUCAGCCGCCUCCGGUCCUCAGGGCACCAGUGCGAACCCUGAGCCUUUAAACUCCUCCCUGGACAAGCUCGGGCCUGACACACCAAAGCAAGCCUUCACUCCCAUAGACCUGCCCUGUGGAGGCUCCGAGGAAGGCCCUGUCGGGAACAGGGGGCGCCAGGCUUCUCUGGAGACCAGUAUCCUCACUCCCAGCCCUUGUAAAAUUCCACCUCCAAGGGGAGCAGGCUUUGGAAGUGGGCAGCCUCCCCCAUACGAUCAUCUUUUUGAGGUGGCAUUGCCAAAGACCGCCCAUCAUUUUGUCAGCAAGAAAACCGAGGAACUAUUAAAGAAAGCAAAAGGAAAUGCCGAGGAAGACUCUUGGCCCUCUACCUCCCCAGUGGAAGUGCUGGACAGGCUGAUCCAGCAGGGAGCAGAUGCGCACAGCAAGGAGCUGAACAAGUUGUCUUUACCCAGCAAGUCUGUCGACUGGACCCACUUUGGAGGCUCUCCUCCCUCAGAUGAGAUCCGCACUCUCCGUAACCAGUUGCUUUUACUGCACAACCAGUUACUCUAUGAACGUUUUAAGAGGCAGCAGCAUGCUGUCCGGAACAGGCGGCUCCUCCGCAAGGUGAUCAAGGCAGCGGCUCUGGAGGAGCACAAUGCUGCUAUGAAAGACCAGUUGAAGUUACAAGAGAAAGACAUCCAGAUAUGGAAGGUUAGUCUGCAGAAAGAACAAGCCAGAUACAGUCAGCUUCAGGAGCAGCGAGACACAGUGGUGACCCAGCUCCACAGCCAGAUCAGACAGCUGCAGCAUGACCGAGAAGAAUUCUACAACCAGAGCCAGGAAUUACAGACAAAGCUGGAGGACUGCAGGAACAUGAUUGCGGAGCUGCGCCUGGAAUUGAAGAAGGCCAACAGCAAGGUGUGUCACACCGAGCUGCUGCUCAGUCAGGUUUCUCAGAAGCUCUCAAACAGUGAGUCAGUCCAACAGCAGAUGGAGUUCUUGAACAGGCAGCUGUUGGUUCUUGGAGAGGUCAACGAGCUGUAUUUGGAACAACUGCAGAACAAGCAUUCAGACACCACGAAGGAAGUGGAAAUGAUGAAAGCUGCAUAUCGGAAAGAACUAGAAAAAAACAGAAGCCACGUUCUCCAGCAGAAUCAGAGGCUCGAUACCUCCCAGAAACGGAUUUUGGAACUGGAAUCUCAUUUGGCCAAGAAAGACCACCUUCUUUUGGAACAGAAGAAAUAUUUAGAGGAUGUCAAACUCCAGGCAAGAGGACAGCUGCAGGCCGCAGAGAGCAGGUAUGAAGCUCAGAAAAGGAUUACCCAAGCGUUUGAAUUGGAGAUCUUAGAUUUAUAUGGCAGGUUGGAGAAAGAUGGCCUCCUGAAAAAACUUGAAGAAGAAAAAACAGAAGCAGCUGAAGCAGCAGAAGAAAGGCCCGACUGUUGUAAUGAUGGCUGCUCGGAUUCUGUAAUAGGGCACAAUGAAGAGGCAUCUGGCCACAACGGUGAGACCAAGCCCCCCAGACCUGGCAGCACCCGGGGCAGUAGUGGAAGUAGAGGCGGCGGAGGCAGCAGCAGCAGCAGUGAGCUUUCUACCCCGGAGAAACCCCCAAACCAGAGGGCAGGGCCGUUCAGUAGUCGGUGGGAAACUGCCGUGGGCGAGCCCUCUACCAGCAUCCCUACGACUGUUGGCUCACUUCCCAGUUCGAAAAGCUUCCUGGGCAUGAAGGCUCGAGAGCUAUUUCGUAAUAAGAGUGAGAGCCAGUGUGAUGAGGACAGCAUGACCAUCACUAGCCUUUCUGAGACCCUAAAGACAGAACUGGGCAAAGACUCAGGUAUGGAAGCCAAGACUCCCCUGAACCUAGAUGGCCCGUAUCCAUCUCCCCCAAACCCGGACAGUGUGGGACAGCUCCAUAUCAUGGACUACAAUGAGACUCAUCAUGAACACAGCUAAGGAUGAUGGUCAAUCAGUGUUAACUUGCAUAUUGUUGGCAUAGAACAGGAGGUGUGAAUGCACGUUUCAAAGCUAUCCUAUUUCCAGGGUCUGAGUGGCUAGCUCACGCAGUGGAAAUGGGGUGGAGGUCUUUUUGACAGUUGACUGAAUGCAGAAUGGUUUUUGGAUCUGGCAUUGAAAUGCCUCUUAACCUUCCCCUCAGCCCACCCAAAACCUCUCUCUCAUUUACCUAGCAGUGUGUACUAAUCCGAGGGCCAGUUUGUGUUCCUCAGUAGCUUUAUUUUCUUCCUUUUCUCCCAAAAUGGUUGCGUCCUUCAAACCUGUGCAAUAUGAGGCCAAAUUGAAUCUUUGAGUCUAACACACCACUCUCCUUUCCUGAAACUGAGGUAACUGGGUUGGCUCUCCAUUAGCCCAGGUAAUUGGUGGCGUUGCAGGUAAGUCUGAUUUUGUCCCUUUUUAGGAGGAUGUAGCAUGCAAAGCUGAUCAUCUUCACGUGAAAGUUUUUUACAUGAGACAUUUUCACUGCUUUUGGUUCUGAAGUUCAGUGUCUAAAGCAGCAGAUCUAGAAAAACAAUGGUUUAUUCACCCUUACAUUCUUUUGGCGGUUCUGAUAAGCUUGCUAGAAAGAUCUGUGUGAACAAACGUGUGUUGUUUGAAGAGUCUGGAGCUGGCAUUGUGGAGACCAUAAUCCUCUUUGGGAAUGCUUUGUCCCCCUUCCCCACUACCUCUUAUUUAUUUGGGGUUUGCUCGAAAGCUGGUACUGUUCUGACUGCAGGCUGCUGUGUGGGUGGUGGGCCCUCUUGGCAGGAGGGAAGGACGGUGACUGGAGCAGUUACUUGAGAAGUACUUGUGGAUGAGGAGCUGCCCUUCCUGGCUCGGCUGUGCCAGCUGAGCCUUGUGGUUAAGCUCCUCCAUCUGUCUGCCUCCCUUUGUGUUCCCAUGCGCCUCUGUGUAUGUCAGCUUCUUUGUGACACUGCAGCAGAAAGGCUCUGAAGGCCCAAAGACUCUCCUCAAAGUUGACAUGACCAAUGUUUCUCAGGCUGUUAGAGUUGUCUCACUGUAGUAGGUUCUAGGCCACCAAAAAGGUAACAGCUUUUUCACACCAAUUCUAACUUUCAGGGGCUGACUCUCCAGGGAGCUCAAAGCUCUACCCUCCCAAAUGUUAGGAAUGGUAGAGCAUUUUAAAGCAGAGUCUUGGAGAGUGUUGGCAAAGGCUGGCUGCCAUGGACCCACUGGGCUGCCCACAUGCACUCAUGAGAGGUGACACAAGUCUGGACACUGGCAGUGGCAGAGAAUCUGAACUCAGCAAAUGCUCCUGAAAUAAAUGCUAGAAGCCUAAGAAUUAUUGCCUAGUGUUCCAGCUGAGGCGAGGAGAGACUGGUAGGAAAGAGCUGAUGAACUUGGUUUUUCUCUUUCUAUUCUUUUAGUUAAAAGUAUAGAAGGGUUCAGCCAUGAAGAGGGAAAGACAAACUGUGAUGGUACGAAAUCUUACUGCAUAUGGAAGCUUCCAGCACGUGAGGGUAAAAGUCUCUUUUUUUAACUAUGGCAAUAAAUAUUCUAGUAUUCCUAACAAAGGGAUACUAGAUAAUGAGAGACUCCCUGUCACCAAGGCUGUACUGACAGAAGACCUCCUUGGGACAGGAUUUUCGGGUGUGACUGACUGAUUCCCAGCCUGAGGGAGGCUGUGGACCUGACUGCUCUCAGCCCAGCACAGCACCAGCAAUUGCUGCUGGAUGCCCAGUGUGGGGUAUUAACAACACCACACGUUUAAUUCAGCUUUGUCCAAAGGAAAGCUUAAAAUCGAACACAUUUUAGUUUCCUAGUUCAGUUUUAGAAAAGGAAAACAUGAACAAAUUCAGAAAGGGAAAAAAGUGUUUCAGGCUAACUAUUGAAAUCAGUUCUAAAUGAUUUCCCCCUCCACAAGCCCAAGAGAUCUGUGCCACAGAGCAAAGAUACCAGGCGCUUAAGUCAAAGCCUUUUCCCUGACCAGCUGGCAAAGGCAAGGAGGCCAAUGCAAAGAAAGAAAAAAACAGGCAGAUUGCAAAAAUACAGGGAAGGAGAAGGCAGUGUGGUGAAGUGGACUGAGGCCUGGGCUGGAGGUUCCAUGGGCAGGUAAAACCACCAUCCCUCUGGCCUGGGUGUCUGUUUGCUGACCCGGAAGAGCUGCACUCAGCUUCCUUUGGGUUCUAGGAGGCCAUGGGUUUUAUUCAGCCAAGACUUGGGGGUUAGGGCCUGGAGUCUUGUGGAUGUUACCAACCUAAAAAUUUAGGCUUUAUGUUGCAAAGGACUCGAGUUAGUAGUAAGGUUUGGUCUGGUUUUGAAAAUGAUAAACCUGCCAAGAGUGGACAGGACUUGAUUAUCCUGUAGCAAGUAUUUUUAAGGAUGGAAAGGUGAUAGUAGAGGAGCUCCUGAGAGAGAACUCAGGUCUGGGAAUCGGCAGGACAAAGGCAUUAGAGCAGUUAGCUUUACAGGCAGGUCCUGUCUUGAGACUGAUUAAGCAGCAUGGUAUUCCUAAAUGUCAGGAUUGGAUAGCCUCUGUCCAAAGUCACUCUGAGCAAGCUUCCCUGCCUCAGAGCCGUUUGACCAAUGUCUGUAACUUACCCUGAUCCCCACCUGACACUAACCAGGGUUAGCACAGACCCUGAGAAGAUUGGAGUCUGCUUCUUGGGCAGCAUGAAGUUUGUUUAAAAAGGAGCACUACAAUUUAUUUGGGGGGUGGGGGGAGGGGUGCAGCAGAAGGAGGAGGGGUAGAAGAAGAUGGCAGCCUGGUCUCCAGAGAGAAAAUGAGUUCCCGAAUCUACUACAGGUAAAUCAGCAAGUGGACCUCCAGCACACAGAAUGUUGGUGAAUUUUUAAAAAGCUUGAGACAAGGCUCUGCCAUAAAGUCCACAUAGAUUAUUACUGUGGGAUUGGAAGAAGUAUCUGGUUCUGAAUACAAAAACUGACUGAAAUCCAAAGGUAGGAAAGAAAGGUCAUUUCUUGGGUCAAGAAGUUUUAAAAGGUCUCCUUGGAGAUGAGUGCUAAGACUAGCAAGGUGGCUGAGGAGACAUGACCUCCCUAGGUUUGUCAGCAGAGAUUUUCAGGAGAGAAAACUGCCUAGCCUUUGGGAAUAAGCUGCUGAAGGUUCUUAUUAGGCUCUUUAAGUGGAGAGAGAAAUGAUAAAUAAGCUACUUUGUGAGCCAGAAUGUGUGUACUGUGUUUAGGGGGAAAUAGUCUGAAUUUUUCUUAAAAAGUAAACUGUUACAAUCCAGGAAAAGGUCCUGGAAGCCACUGACAGUUGGAAAAAUUAGCCCAUCAUGCCACCGUGGCCAAAGAGGCCAGCACCUCACUGGGCAAAAUCAGGGCAACAGGAAACAACUCCAGACUCUGGGCUGUUCUCGUUUACAGCACAUGUAGUUUCCGGUGUUUCUGUUGAGAAAGGUAAAACUCUAGCAGUUGUGUAGAAGAGGAUGAAUGAAAUGAUCGUGGCAAUGAGUGGAUUUGUAUGAGCUGGACCACGGAGGUUCAGACUCACAGUUAAGAAUAAAAAAAUUGGGUGUUUCUGUGUAGAGAACAUAACAGAUGUGCUGUGACUAGCCAAUGUGAAUUUUCACCAAAUACUAGAACAUACCACUUGAAGCCAGAAAGAGAUAACUGAAGAACAAAUGGAAGAAAGUACUCUGUGAAGAUACACAGUUUUUCUAACUGAAGGCACUAAGAGGUGGUAGAAAGUAUGAACAGGUUUAAGGAGGGUUUGAGCAGAGUGAAGGCUCAGUCCAGGACUGCAGUCGAGGUGGAGUGCCACCUACCUUUUGCAGAUACUCUGAGAGGCCAGCCCUCUGCAGAGUGGUCCUGGGAGAAGCCUGAUCCCACCCCGGAGUGUACAUCUCACAUGGGGAAGAAAGCUGUCCUUUGUGAAAUGAUCCAAGUCAGCACCCCUUACUCUGCCGCAUUUUCACUCUUGGAGGUACAUGCUCUACGACUGACUGGCAAUGAGUAUGGGAAAACGUAUCCAGUCUGAAGAUGUCUGUGUAUCUGUUUACAUCCAGAGUUCUGUGACAUGUGCCCCUGCCCUCCCCUCCCCUGGACCGCUGCCAAGGAAUUGAUUGCACUUGAUUAAGCUUUUCUCUGUAGGUGAAAGAACAAGUUUAGGUCGGGGCCUGGCCCCUCGGCUGCUGCUGUGACCCUUGUCCCCAUGUGGCUCAUUUCCUGGCCCAUGACUCUGGUGUGCCCAGGGAGAGCGGUGUUGCCACCUUUUCCACACUGUCCUGCAGUCUGUGUAUGUUCGCCUGAGAGAAGAGUGGCUGUAACUACAAGUGAAACCUGCCUGGGAUAGUCGAGCACCUGCACCCACGACUGCUUUUGGCCUUGAAAUGAGUUAAUGAAGACAGAGGAACUUUCUCCCCUCUUCCCUUCCCAAUGCCACAAAGUUGUGCAUCCUCUGGGAUAAGUAGGCUAGUUGAAACAUGGGACUAGAUCUUUUAGAGAAGACCCCUGCGAGUUUUGAGACCCCACCCCCCGACCAACCCCUCCUCCCUUCCCCCACCUUGAUGCAGUGUUUGGACAGGAGGGUACGGUGCUGCUUCAUGCAGCAGAUACUUUGGCUUAUCAAAGAGGCAGCCAGGCAUUUUGCACUAGGAGGAAUCAGUGAUCACUUUUCAGAAGACUUCUAUGGACCACAAUUAUAUUGCGGAGGAACAGAUUUUGCUAAGACAUAAUCUAGUUUUAUAACUCAAUCAUGGAUCAACCAUAUGUGGCUAACUUGCAGUUUAAAAGGGUCCCAUCAGUGAAAAACAGAUUUUUUUUUAACUGACUGCUUUUAGUUAAAUUUAAGAAAGUCAUCUCUUGUCAAAAGGUUUCAACCUUCCCGCCUCAACUUAAAAGCAUGUCAAACAAUCCACAUCAGAUGCCAUAAACAUGAACUGCGAGAGAAAAUGGUACAAUCUUAGUGAAUGGGAAUUGGAAUCAAAAGGGUUUGCUGUCCUUCUUAGAAUGUUCUAAAAUGUCAAGGCAGUUGCUUGUGUUUAACUGUGAACAAAUAAAAAUUUAUUGUUUUGCACUACUC